AUGCAGUUGCAGUGGGGUCGUUAUCUCCAGGAGUUGGCCCUGGUGGCGAAUGCCUAUGCCCGGUGCAAUGUGCCGCCCACGGCUCGGGUCCCGGGCGCUCAGUGGCAAGGUUUGCAUCGAGAUCCGGCGCAAGCGUGCGAGCAGCUCUUCGAGGAGCUCGCCCAACUGGCGCUGCAGAACUUGCAGGAUCUCCAGUCCCAGGAUGCCGCCCUCAUCUGCAACGCCUUCGCCAAGCUCGAUGCUCCUGGCGGGCGAGCAGGGCAAGCGCUCCUCUCGAAGAUGUCCAUCCGAAUGCAGGAGAUCCUGCCGACCAUGACAUUGCCCAACAUGGCGGCCGCGGGCUGGGCCUUUGCGCGACUUCGGCAUCCACAGGCGCGUGCUCUCUUGGGCGCAAUUGCGGAGCAGCUCCAAGACGUGGGUAUCGAAGGCUUGCAGCGCUGCUCGGCCCAAGAGCUGGUGAACCUGCUCAGCGCCUUUGCCAAGGCGAGGGUCCGGCAUCAGCGAUUGCUAGAGAACGUCGCCGCAUACCUCAACGAGAAGCCGAAGGUCAUUGCCGGCAUGGUGCCGCUGGAUAUCCUGUAUACGGCAUCCUCGCUAGCCAGGCUGCGAAUCCGUGACGAGCAGAUCUACAAGGCUUUGGCCAAGAAGAUGAUGCAGUCCAGGAAAGUCAGUGCGAAGCAAGCCAUCUACCUGCUGCAGUCCUUCUCACAGGCGCAGUGCACAUCGCUGGAAUUGGCUGAGAGUCUGGCGCCAUUGCUGCGGCUCACACUGGCACAAGGCCAUACCAAAGACCCGAGCUUGUCAGAUUGGGUUGUGGCUUUGGGCGCGCUAACUUCCCUGCCUUCAUCCAUGGAGGUUCACGCGCUGUGCGAGGAGAUCGUGGAGCAUUGCGCACGGCAGUUGGCGCAGGGCCGGGCCAUCUCUGCCCUCGACACCUCGCAGCUCCUGCGGGCCCUGGCGCGGCGGCCGCAAAAAGAGUCCGCACAGCUGGUGCAACUGCUGCUCUGGAAGGUGCUGUCAGAGCACGAAGGCUUCAGUGUGCUUGACCUGCUGGGGGCCAUCCAUGCAGCGGUCUCUAUGUACGAGGAGGGCCCGAGCUUCGGCGUGACGGACAGCCUGCACAGCUCAUUGAUGAGCCUUCUGCUGCAGGAGGCAUCGUCAAGCCGCAUGGUUGAGCUUUCUUGCUCGGAGCUGAUGUCGCUCGCCAGCGUGCUCAGCAAGGGCGUCCUUGAUCUGCAAGCCUGGUCGGUGGUCAUGCGAGAAGCCACCAGAUUGCUGGCAGAAGGGGAAGGCUCUGGCGAGGCAACCACUCUGGCGAGCACCAUCACAGUGGUGCUCAACUGCUGUGCGCGUUUGUCGGUCCGUGACGAGCUGUUCCUACGUCGUGUCUACUCCUGGCUGGCAGAGUCGGAGCACUUGGAGGGCGAGCGGAAGGAGCUGCUGGCGGGCUCCUUGGCCAAGCUGGGCGCGGCUGGCUGGAUGGAGUCCAGGGCGCUGGGCAACAGCAGCAGGGAAUACUUGCUGACCUGGGCCAAGCUCGGCAGCGCUGCCGAGUUGGAGGACCGGGGUCUUCUCUUCCUAGGCUUGGCGCAGGCGCUGCACGGCCUGCCGGCGCAAGCUGAGGAAUUCAGGGAGCUGCUAAGGAGAAAGUUCCUGCAGCAGGUGCGCCUUACCAGCCCUUCCAGUAUCCAAGCAGAAGACUUGGUGAUGAACUUUCAGAUCUACACCGGGCUUCAGUGUUUCCACUUCUACCAGGGCCUUUUGUCGAAGGUGGCUUUGGAGGACCUCCGCGUGCUGCGGCAGCUGCUGGAGGUGCUGGAGCCGUCCCUGCAGCACAAGAACUCCGAGCACGCAGAGGAGGGUGCCACAGAGGUGGUCAUCCUCGAAGCGCUGGAGAAGCUGGCGGUGCAGUUCCGAGACAUGGCGAAUCUGAGGCCUCAGGAACAUGUGGAUGAGGUUCAAUGGAAAGCCAAGCCAGCCGCGUAUCCUUGA